AUGGCGUCUAAACGUUUGGUUGAAGAUGACGGCGAACAGUGCAAAAAAAGUCGCAAGUGUUCGAAGUCUGCAGGACACAAAGGUCGCUGUAAUACUGAGAAAUCAGUGAAUCCUUUCUGGGAGACGUCUGCAUCCUACAAACUUAACGAAAGGAAAAGGAAAUUACUCGUAGAGCAGCAUGGUUUUCAUCAAAAAGUGAAGGCAAAGGAAUCUCAAUUAGUUGAACGGGAAAAUUUGCUGUUACAUUGCCAGGAACAGACUCAAUACGAGUUAAGAGAAAAAGGUAAGAUUACAGACUGAUAUUAGUCUAGUAUUAAUAAUAAAUUCUAAGAAUAAUAAUAGAAUUUAUAUACCAAAUGUUAUACAGUAUUUAAUAUAUAUUAAAUAAGUAUUAUAAAAGCCCUUGUCCCCCAGUAUGUUCCAUAUUCUGCUUGUUGUUUUGCCUAAACUUAAUAAAAUUUAAGCGAAAUUACUUGCCGGUAAAAUUCACUUGGGAAUUAACUUUUCAGAUAAUUAUAUCUUGGAACUAAGAACUGGUUUGCAAAAUUCUGACGCACUGGUAAAGACACUAGAAGACAAGGUAUCAGCUCAAACAAGACAGUUGGAACAGCUUAAGAGUAUGUUUUCUGCACUUGGAUUGGAUAGUAAACAAUUCUCAAAAUCCAAACGAGAGAACAACAGCACGACUAAGGCGAUGAUAAGUGAUCCAUCUUCAAGCACUCAUUACAGAAGACGAAAAGAAUCGGAAAAAGCACUCAUAUUUAUUCAUGGAGGUGAGAGUGGGUCAUACUUUGGUGCAUGGGAUUAUAUUGUGGGCAAUGCACCAAUAGAACUGGUAACUGAGUUGUUAGUUGCAUAUCGGAAAGGCAAUCAUCUGAAGAAAAUUUUCAACAAUGCCAUAACUGAAUACCAGAUGUCGACUGAAGCUUUACAACAAGCUAUAGCAACAAAAUACCAGAAUCAUCUAUCACGCAGGAAAUUUGCGCUAGUGUGUAAGACACAGUCGUCAUACUUUAACGCAGAGUCUGAAACAUGGCUUCCACGUAAUGCCAUUUGUAUGGGGACUGAUCUAAGACUUCCAAAGUCAGUGUCGAAUUCUGCGGUUGAUAAGUUUGUAAAGAGCUUAGACAUUGGAGAUGUCACACAACUGCAAGAUGUUAAUGGAGUAUCCAGAACUGUCACUGGACUAGUUUUUAUGAUAAUUGACCUACACUUAAGGGUUCUUCACCUACGUAGAAAACUUGUUUGGUAUAAUGAGUUGGAGAAUCACUUCAUUGUUCAAUUCUCAGAUGACGGAGCGCCAGAAACAAGCCAAUUGACAAUGUCUAUUGGUAGUUUGACCACAUGGAACUUGGGAGAAAGAGUAAGGAGCUCUGACUUUCAAUACCUCUUACACUGUGUCAGCUUGCCAGAAAAACAUGACGUACUAGACGAACUGUGGAAGCAACACUCUGAUGAAAUGGCCAUGCUAGAAGGUAAUAUCCUCACAAUUUCUGGAGAGAAAUGUACAGUCGAAUUUCAACCGAGUGCCGACAUGUGUUGGCAGAGCUGGGCAAAUGCUGAAGUAAAUCAAGCUGCUACCUAUCCCUCGCCGUAUGCCAAUGUGCACUCAGGUAUGAGAAUUUUUAACUAUUUAGGUUCAGAUGUUUGCUUUUUUUCACAAAAUUUUCCACUGAAACAUUAAUUAACCCUUUUAGUGGCACUGUGCCCAGAUGUGCCCUACUUUAAUAUCAAUGUUACUCUGUCUGACGCCAGACAAAUUUACUCGUCAGGGAGAGAGUGUUGCCUCUGAAUGGGUUAAUCAGACUAUAUCUGCCCAUACACCCUGUUCACCCAUUAAGUGGCAAUGCACUCUAUUUUAUUAAUUUACUCUGGAAAAUCAGAAACUCAAACCUCAUCUAAUGCAAAGCUAGCAAAAUGAUACUACACAUGAACUAUCAUAUUUCAUAAUAUAGCACAUUUAAAAUGUACGUAAUCGUAUGCAAUGGCAGGUCUGUUUACAUGCGGACUUUUAAAGGCACAGUUCAGUCCAUUUAUAUUAGUUGAAAAACAAGGAAAAUCAGUUAAGCAUACAUGUAAUUCAAUAUCAAUGAUUUUAUUGUUUCUAAUAGUUCUUAACAUAUUUAAUGCUAACUUGAGUACACUGAUCAUUAAUUAUGCUUACUUGAUUUUCUUGACUUAGUUACUAUUUAAAUUAACCCAUUAAGCGCCAGCGCUCUCCCCUUGACGAGUAAAAUCGUCUGGCGUUAGACAGAGUAAAAUACUAAAGAAGGGUGCAUCAGGGUGCAAUGCGACUCAAUGGGUUAAUGCAUGGAUAAAUUCUUGUUGUUACCAUCCCCCCCCCCCGGGGAAACCCCGGGAUAAUGCAGAAACUUUAAUCCUGGGAGUGGGGAAUUGUUAGAAAAUUUUGUCCCGGAGGUUUCUCCGGGGUAAAAAGCAAAACUCGUAUCCAGGACCACAUAUCUAGCGGCAGCGCAUCCAGUGACACAUAUAUAGUUCAGUGAGCACCGUCCAAAAGUUUUCAAAAUGGCGACUACCUCGUGUUUGGCAGUUGUUUAUAUAAUCGUGUUAUAGUGACUAUAGUUUAUAAUACCAAGUAUUUAAUCGGUAUAUAUAAACGCACUUUUCAAAUUUUACAUAUGUUUAUACAAAGGAUAUUAAAAAUAUGUGUUAUAAACUGCUUAUUGAUAUUUCUUAUAUUUUUAGUUUUUUAGCGAUGCCCCGGGGUGGGGAAUUGUCAAGCUUUAAAGUCCCGGGGGUGGGGAAUUUACUACAUUCUUGCAAAAAAAAUACAAAUCCUGGGGGUAUUGCCGGGGGGGGGAGGGGGUGGUAAUGUUCAAUGCUCCUUAAAAACCAUAGAUCUUUCAAAAGGCUGAACUGUGCCUUUAAAAAGUGUAUGUUGGUUCCAAUGUUCUUCUUUUGACGGAUGUGAACGAAUGGAUGAGUUAUGAAUGUUCACUUGGCCUUUUGUUGAGUAAGUUACAUAUAGACAUCCAUGUUACAGCGGAGCCGAUGCACACAUCCACUCGCUCACAUCCAUCAGCAAGAAAAACGACUUUAAAAUCAAAGUAAAAAACCCCCUGUGUGAACUGGCAUUAACAAUUCAGAACUACUAUCGCUUUAGGUAAUAUUUGUACCAUGGGUGGUACCAUUGGAUAUGAUCCUAAUGAUACAUGGAAACCAUACACCAAUUCAGACAGGAAAAAGCAUGCAAAGAUGGUUCAAAAUUUUGAACAAUCAAUGAAGAAUGUGUCUGAGAAAACCCAACACGACAAGAAGCUCCAGUUCAUGGCAGAUAAUGGGAUUCGGCAACUUGGACCUCCCAGAAUUGGAGUUUUUGCUGACAAGCAAAGACCGGAACCUCUUCAUUGCGAGAUUAAUUCAUGGCAGCAAGUACUCAACAUUGUUUAUCAAGAAUCUGUGCAACGAAAGAUGUUUGAUCAGUUUAUCAAAGUGUUAGGGGACCCUCCCAGUCCUUCCUCUGCUGCCGAGCCUGUAAUCGAGAGACACAAAGAACAAGUUUUUGGUUGUGGUUUGCAGUUCCUUGUGCCAUCCAUCAAAGCCCAUUUUGAUGACGAAAAGAAAAGGUUCAACAAGAUUCCUACCAGAAUAAUUGGAGAACAAGCGAUUGCAAUUGCCCGAUAUGGUUAUCGAUUGGUUGACAGCCUGGAAUUCCCUGAUGAAUCAGCUGUGCAAAAGGUCAAGCGUUUAUCACUGAGCAGAAUCAUGUUGUACCUGCGAAAUGCUUGUGCAACUUUCAACAAAGUCUCGUCAACAAAACCGGAGUUGUUAGAACUUGAUGAGAAUUGCAAACUGUACUUCAACCUCCUUUGUUUAUUCUUCCCAAGGCAUAUUAAUGUGACCAGUUGGACUGUUGGUUAUGCACUGCCAUACCAUGCAUUAAAACUGUAUGAUACGUACGGAGUUGGCUAUGGCAUUAUCUCGCAACAGGGGAAGGAAGCCAAGCACUCUGCUGUGAAGAAGGACUUGGAACUGAGCAACAGGUCAAACAAUUCAAUUUUGCUUCAAAUGUCAUCUCGUACCCAGAGCCCUUCUUACGUGUGGUGCGAUGAGGGGCUCUGGCCAAAUCCAUAAUCCGAACUGGCAUCUGAUUGGCUAGUUCUAACAGCGGAUAUUGUUUUCUUACCAUGUUUUUAUGGUAUCCGGUUAUGGAUUUGGCCAGAGCCCCCCGUCGCACCGCGCGUAAGAAGGGCUCUGGGUACGAGAAUGCUUCAAAUGUGUAAUUUUCCAUACAUUAAUACAUAUUGCAAUAUUCAUGUAUUUUAGGUCCAACAAUGCUGAGAAAAAUGGAAAGUGGUGGCAGGUAAUGCGUGCUAAUUAUGUUCGCAAUGUCUAUCUUCCUGAGCACCAACCGCUACCACAAUCAUAUAAGUCGCAUUUCAAAUCAAGAAUCCCACCUCAUUGUGAUUCCGAAGGAGCCUGUGACUGUGGCAGGCUUAAGCCAGUUGAUUGUGAUUUCUGCCAUACUUGUCUCCAAUGUCACGAUAUUGUAGAGUCAGCACAAAAUCACAAGCUAUCUGCUAAUCUUGAGGAGAUUUUCAAGCCAUAUAUUUGCUCUAAAUGUGGCCAACGCUUUGGAGAUCAAGUUGAUUUACAGUCACAUGACAUGCUACAUGGGGAUGGAGCUGUGGCAUUGUGGAGUGGUAAGAACCCAAAGGAAAUGAGUGUUUCUGAGCUGAAAACAGAACUUAAAAAAAGAAAUAUUGGGACAAGUGGAAAAAAGGACAUCUUAAUUAAGAGAUUUGAAAGUUCUUUAUGGGUAGAGAAAAACGUUAAGUAA